UUUGUCUUGUUCAAACACGUUUGAUUUGAUCACAUUCACAGAACACUUACUACAAGAAGGAUGACACAACAGAGAAGAAAGUAACGCAGCCAGGUGAAACUCCGUGCCAUCACAGUCGCAGGUUAUUCAUAUAAACCCAGGAAAAACUGAUUUUUGGAGCUCGUUCAGAAGUUGAGAAGACGGGAACGAACGGGAUUCAUGACUGCUGUCUGUCCCUACCGAAGAAAACGUACAUUAGAUUGCGAAAAAUUUGUUAAAAUGGCAGGUCCUUCCAGUGACCAAAACACGAUCGCACAGAAAACGUGGGAAAUGGCAAAUAAUGUUGAGACAAUCAGUACAGUCGACGAGAUUUACAGAUAUGAUCGCAAAGAACAACAAGAUAUUCUUGCUGCGAAACCAUGGGAGAAAGACCCUCACUUUUUCAAAGACAUCAAGAUUUCAGCAUUAGCCCUCUUGAAAAUGGUAAUGCAUGCCCGUUCGGGAGGAACCUUGGAAGUAAUGGGUCUUCUUCUGGGAAAAGUGGCAGCCAAUACUAUGAUUGUAAUGGAUUCCUUUGCUCUUCCCGUUGAAGGAACAGAAACUCGAGUGAAUGCUCAAGCACAAGCUUACGAAUACAUGACGGCCUAUAUAGAAGCUGCAAAACAAGUCGGCAGACAAGAAAAUGCGAUCGGAUGGUACCACAGUCAUCCAGGAUAUGGUUGCUGGCUCUCCGGUAUCGACGUUUCAACUCAAAUGCUGAAUCAAAAUUUCCAAGAGCCCUUCGUUGCGAUCGUUAUUGACCCUGUCAGAACUAUAUCGGCUGGAAAAGUCUGCUUAGGUGCUUUCAGAACUUACCCGAAGGGCUACAAGCCAGCGAAUGAGGAACCAUCCGAGUACCAAACGAUUCCCCUGAACAAAAUCGAAGACUUUGGUGUGCAUUGCAAGCAGUACUAUUCCCUCGAAGUGACCUAUUUUAAAUCCUCCCUCGAUCGGCGAUUACUCGAUUCCCUUUGGAAUAAGUACUGGGUGAAUACCCUGAGUUCGUCGAGUCUUCUGACGAAUGCCGACUACACGACCGGGCAGAUUUUCGAUCUCUCCGAGAAAUUGGAACAGUCGGAGGCGGCACUGGGCAGAGGCUACGUGGUUGGAGGAAUUGAGCCGCAUGAUCGAAGCACCAUUGAAAAACUUGUCAAGGCAACGCGUGACAGUUGCAAAACCACCAUUGAAGUUAUUCACGGCUUGAUGGCUCAAGUCAUCAAGGACAAACUUUUCAAUCGCGUCGGAGCUAAUGCGAUUGAAAACUAGCUCUGUAGUCUUUUUACUUUUAGUUUUAAGCCACUAUAAACCGGACUUAUUGAGCAGCAUCAGUAGAAGUUGGAAGUGGAUAAAGUGAAGAGAAAUGCAAUUAUUCAGUGCGAUAGGUAUCUUCUAUUUU